CCUUUAAUAUUAUUACUGCUCCCUUUGCAAAAAUGCAACCCUUCUUUGCAGACUCUGCAACAAAGCAACCUUGGCAGAGGAGGAAAAGUGAAUUACUGCAACCUUAGCUAAUUGCUUCUGGCUUGGACUGAUCUUUAAAAUUGACACACACACACACACCCCAAAUCUCCUGCCUCCACUUCCUUUUCCCUCCCCCCUGGGUCCUAGUGCACUCUUUCUCAUGGAAUUGCAGAAGAACAAGAAGAAGAAAGCUCAUAGACAAAGGAAAGAGCAGGCAGUACCCUCUCCCAAGAUGGCUGAGGCAGAGGAAGAAGAGUUUGGUGUGGAGGUGAAGCUAGAAGAAGAGGAGGAGGAAGAGGAAGAGGAUACUGGCUACAUCCAGUCAGGCCGGCGGUAUAAGUGUCUGACAUGUAACAAGACCUUUCCAAGUGUCCCCCGAGUGUUGCGUCACUUGAAGUCGCACGGGGCCAAUACUGGUGAUGGCUUGGCUAGCAAACUUACAUGUACCAGCUGUAGGAAAGAAUUUCCAGACCGUGGUCAGCUCCGCAAGCACCAGCUGAGCCACCAGACAGAACGCCCCUACCAGUGCCAACUGUGUGCCAAGGCCUACAAAACAGCCCCCGAGCUGCGGAACCACGGACGCAGCCACAGUGGAGAGAAGCCAUUUGUGUGUCACGAGUGUGGCAAGGCCUUCAUGCAGCCCGUCUGCCUCCGAGUUCACAUGGCCCGGCACACGGGAGACCUGCCCUUCUGUUGCCAGCAGUGUCACAAAGGAUAUGGCACCCUCUCCAAGCUGAAGAUACACCAGCGCUCCCACACUGGGGAGAAGCCCUACUCCUGUGGUGAGUGUGGCAAGCGCUUUGCUGACCCUUCAGUCUUCCGGAAGCACCGUCGUACCCACGCCGGUCUGCGUCCUUACCAAUGCGAGGUUUGCCACAAGACCUAUGCCGAGCUCAAAGAUCUGAAGAACCAUGAGCGCUCUCACACUGGUGAAAGGCCUUUUCUAUGUCAGGAUUGUGGGAAGGCCUUCUCCCGUUCCUCUUCCCUUGCCUGCCACCAGCGCAUCCAUGCCGCCCACAAGCCCUAUCGUUGCACCCUAUGUAGCAAAGGCUUCACCCAGCUUUCCUCCUUCCAGAGUCAUCAGCGCACCCACUCAGGGGAGAAGCCUUUCCUCUGCCCGCAGUGUGGGCGCAUGUUCAGCGACCCCUCCAGUUUCCGUCGACACCAGCGGGCACACCAGGGCCUCAAGCCCUAUGCUUGCGACAAGUGUGGCAAGGCCUUCCGUCAGCCAGCCGACCUGGCCAUGCACCAGCGCAUCCACACAGGCGAACGGCCCCACAAGUGCUCCCAGUGCGAUAAGAGCUUUGUGGCCUCAUGGGAUCUCAAGCGCCAUCUGCUUGUGCACUCGGGGCAGCGCCCUCACCAGUGCGGGGAGUGUGGCAAGAGCUUUGCCGAGCGGGCCAGCCUCACCAAGCACUACCGCGUCCACUCUGGUGAGCGGCCCUUCAAAUGUGGCCGUUGCGGCAAGGCCUUCGUGGUCUCCUCCAGCCUCAGGAAACAUGAGCGCACCCAUGGCAAUGAGAAUAAUGGUGAGAAGCCCACACCCCUCAGCCAACCCCAAGACCCCCCUGAGGGCAGUGAUCAGUCAACCAUUAUUGUGGCCACUGUGGUGCCUGCUUGUGGAGAGUGUGGGGAGGCAUUUCCCUCCAACCAAGAGCUGCGCCGCCAUGAGCGCCUGCUCCAUCCUGGCCUGCGUCCUUUUCCAUGCCCAGAAUGUGGCAAAGGUUUCUCCGACCGAGCUGGGCUGCGUAAACAUGAGCGGAUCCAUUCGGGGGUCCGGCCCCAUGCCUGCCCUCACUGCUCUAAAGCCUUCCUGGGUGCGUCUGACCUGCGCAAGCACCUCAAGACCCACACAGCCUUAGAAAACAGGGCUUCUGAUGAUACUGUGGUGACGGCCACUAUCACAACCUAUGAGCCACUCCUCUCUGCACACAUCCACCACCAUCCUCAUGACGAUGAAGCGGAGGUUGACAAGGAGCCUCCAUCAGACUGUCUCCCCGAAGCUCUUACUGAACCAUCUUAAGUCCCAUCUGCUAUCUGUUCUUCCUUUACAUUUGACUGAGUGACAUUGAGGUGACUUGCCUAUUUCGAGGCACUUAUCCAUGAUGGCCUGUCUUUACAGACCUUACCUCCUGCAUCAUGUUCUGUGGAGCAGCCCUCCAUUGGUGCCUCUCCCUGAGAGUAUGGCUCUUUCUGCUCCCUUUAGUACUUAUCUUAGGAAGAGGAAAUGGGGCUACAUGCACUUCCUAAGCCCCACCUCUGAAUCUGCCCCCCCAGGUUGCUUGGUUGGCUAUGACACACAAGCACACAUGCACAUCAGACCAAAAAAUAAAUGAUGUGGGGGAAAUCAUGCUUUUUAAAAAGUGACACCCCAUCCUAUUCUGCAAUGUCUGUGUAUUUGGUGUGUGAUUGUGCGUGUGUGUGUGCGUGUGUGCGCACGCAUGUACACUUGCACACGCAUGCUUCUGCCCCCUGCUGGCCAUUAUACCUCCUGCAGUAGGCUGAGCAUGCAUCUAUUGUGAUCUGUUAGUUAAAAGAAUGAAUGCUAUGUGCAUUUAAUUUUAGAGGGUGGGAAGAAGGGUAAAACUGGGAGGGGGAGGGGGAGGGAAUAGGAAGACUUUCCCCAUACAUCUCCCCCAUAUAGAGACAAUUGUCUUUCUGAAUCUGUCUCAUGCUGCAUCUGGUGUGAACAGAAUGAAAUUAAAAAAAUGUGUUUUUUCCUAGAAAAAAGAAAUGUGUCAGGUCUUGUGUGACUUGCAGUUUUCUUUUAUGGGAAACUGACCUUCCCCCUACCUGAUCUACAAUUCCUCUUAUAAAG